AUGUCUGCAACACCAAAACCACCUUCAAGCGAAGAUAUAGUUGGGCAGAAACUUGACCGGUGUUUUGCGGACUUUCUCGUUAAAGCUGGUGUAGGCUUCAGCGCUGGUGUUGUUCUAUCUGUUGUCUUAUUCCGCCGUCCGUUGCUCGUUUCCUCCCUCAUGCGCACCCAAUCUGACCCACCUCUCCAGGCCGCACAUGGCCCAUCGCUCUCUCCACUGGUUUUGGCGCUGGCGCUGCAUACGCUGACUGCGACCGUUCCUUCAACCCAGCACGGAUACCUGGCACCAGAAUUAUCUCCCAACUGCCACCCCACCCAACUCCCGAAGGAAAAUGAGGGUUCUGAGCGGUAG